AUGCACCUGGCGUCCCGCCUCCGCUCGCACCGUGGCAUCUGCGUCUCGGCGCCUUUUUCCCUGCAGCUCAUGCGCCCCGUCGGUGUCAAUGGCGUGCGCUGUAUCACCAAACGAGCGGCAGAAGAAGCGCGACGAGAAACCAUCAAGAAGCGCAACCGCCGCGCCGUCAUGUACCUGACAGGCACGGCCAUCGCUUGUGUCGGAAUUUCGUACGCUGCUGUACCGCUGUACAAGAUCUUUUGCAAGGUGACGGGCUAUGGAGGCACGACGAAACGUGUGGAGAAGUUCGUGGCCGAUCAGCUCACCCCGCGCGAGGGCUCGAAGCCUAUUCGCGUCACAUUUGACGGCGGCGUGAGUUCCAACAUGCCGUGGGUCUUUCGUCCGCAACAGCGCGAUCUGUUGCUCGUGCCCGGGGAGACGGCACUAGCGUUCUACACGGCGAAGAACAAGGCAGACAAAGCCAUCACUGGCGUUGCUACGUACAACGUGCACCCGCCGUCAGCUGGCGUGUACUUUAACAAAAUCCAGUGCUUUUGCUUCGAGGAGCAGCGACUCAAGCCGAACGAGGAGAUUGACAUGCCCGUGUUUUUCUUUAUUGAUCCUGAGAUCUGCGAUGACCCGUCGAUGAACGGUGUGCACAAUAUCACGCUGUCGUACAUGUUCUUCAAGACGGACGACGUGAGCGAAGACGACGUAGACCACGAGGACUGA